UCGUAAUCGUAUGCUAGAUUGUGACGUUCCGUUUUCCCAUGAUGUAAAUAUAAAGGUGUACCAGUCCCGUGAAUGCGCAGUCGUCUAAAUAAAUGGCCAAUCAGAAAUGACCAGAAAUGUAAAAAUCCAAUAUGGCUGCACAGUGCACAUAUGGGUGCACUAACUUAAAUUCUAUGUAAAUUUCUUUUGAUUAUAUAUUAUGUUUCUUUUUUAAGCACUAUGCCGUACUGUUAUGUUAAAAAUUGUACGAAUCGUACAGUAAGUGAAAAAAUAAAAUUUUUUCAAUUCCCAAAAGAACCUUCUCUUCUGCAGCAAUGGCUGAAGGCUUGCAGAAAAAAUAAAGAAGAAACAAAAACUGAUUCUGCAACGGUGUGCAGUCUUCAUUUCAAUGAUGACUGCUUUGAAAUGAUAUGGACAAAGCCACGGCAAAAGAAUGUAUCUGCUAGGCAGAUUUGGCGAUUAAAGAAAGGUUCCAUCCCUACAAAAGUAUUAAAUCUGGAAAAGAAACGGAAAAAUACAUGUCAUGAAGGUGAUAAUAAAAGAAUAAAAACAACGUAAGUAUUUUUUGCAUAGGAAGAAAUGUAAAAAGAAAUAUACAACAU